GUUGAUCAUGGGUGACUGGAGCUUCUUGGGAAACAUAUUAGAGGAAGUAAAUGAACACUCGACAGUGAUUGGGAGGGUGUGGCUCACAGUGCUCUUCAUCUUCCGGAUCCUCAUCCUGGGCACAGCCGCUGAGUUUGUGUGGGGCGACGAGCAGUCGGAUUACGUGUGCAACACCCAGCAGCCUGGUUGCGAGAACGUGUGCUACGACGAGGCUUUCCCCAUCUCGCACAUCCGUCUGUGGGUUCUCCAGAUCAUCUUUGUGUCUACGCCCUCGCUGGUGUACGUUGGCCAUGCUGUGCACUAUGUCCACAUGGAGGAGAAGCGUAAGGAGCGCGAGGAGGCCGAGCUGAACCGCCAGCAGGAGCUGAGUGAGGAGAGGCUGCCGCUAGCGCCUGACCAGGGUAGUGUGCGCACCACCAAGGAGACCAGCACCAAGGGUAGCAAGAAGUUCAGGCUGGAGGGCACCCUGCUGAGGACCUACAUCUGCCACAUCAUCUUCAAGACGCUGUUCGAGGUGGGAUUCGUGGUGGGCCAGUACUUCCUUUACGGCUUCCGCAUCCUGCCGCUGUACCAGUGCAGCCGAUGGCCCUGCCCCAACACCGUGGACUGCUUCGUGUCGCGCCCCACUGAGAAGACUGUCUUCAUCAUCUUCAUGUUGGCCGUGGCAUGCGUCUCGCUCUUCCUUAACUUCGUGGAGAUCAGCCACCUGGGCCUGAAGAAGAUCCGCUUCGUGUUCCGCAAGCCGCCGCCCCAGACCCAGGGAGGUCAGGGCGGCGAAGGCCAGAGCCCAACUGGGGAAAAGAGCCUGCACUCCAUGGCCGUGUCAUCCAUCCAGAAGGCCAAGGGCUACCGGCUGCUGGAAGAAGACAAGCCCGCAUCGCACUUCUUCCCCUUGACAGAGGUGGGCAUGGAGGCAGGCAGGCUGCCCGCAACUUACCAGGCAGGAAGUGAGAACGUCUCUAAAGUGUACGACGAGUCUUUGCCUUCCUACGUCCAGACCACUGGGGCGGAAGUGAGGGUCAUACCGGAAAGCGGCGAGGACGAGGGCUCCGCGGACCCCGACGUGGAGGCUACCGACACGAUAGCAGACACCAGACCACUCAGCAGUUUAAGCAAAGCCAGCAGCAGGGCAAGGUCAGACGAUUUGACAGUAUGAAAGUGAAAGCAAUGUGAAAAAGCCUCACAGAGCCUUAACUCUCGCUGUGAGGGAAGUUAACAUCAGCUUGUUAUUCGGGAAAAAGAGUUUAAAAUGCUGUGCAAUGUGCAAGGAGCCUUUAGUUUUAAAAGAAAGAUAAACUUGUAUUUUAUAAGACAGCAUUUUUUGUACAGUUUUUAUCAAUCUAUUUAAAAGCUAACAAAAAGAAAAAAGGUUGUUUUCAGCAGGAUUCCUAUCGUACAGAGGAGGUUAUUAUUUAACAAAAACGUGCUGUUUUUUAAUUCACAUAUUUUCUAUCAAGAGUUUAACCAAAAACCAAACGCUUCCGAUGUUUACAUUUUUUGAUUAGCCAUUUAGCUUGAUGUUAAAUGUUAUAUUUCUAUUGAACAAGUUGUUUUUUGCAAUACUGUCAGGGUUGAGCGUGUGUGUAUGUAUUACAAUCAUUUCACAUCUACUCACACAUAUACAACUCAUUUAUUUCACCUAAUAGACCUACAGUAUGUGUGCAAGUUGUAUAAUGUCCUUUAGAUUUAUUUAUUUUAUUUGUGAGGUGAAACAUCACAUUCUCAUAGAAUUGCCAUCAAACAUUAUUAAAAGAAAGGACCACUGGUUAAAUGAAAAUUGACAUCAAUCUUGGCAUUUAUGUUUUUUAUCCACAACAUGUAUCAAAAAGCCUUGAUAAACAUAUAUUUUAUUGAUAACUAUGGGAACCAUGGAAACUACUGGGGGCAAAAUACUUUCUUCCCUUCCUCUACACACAGCCACCAUGAUGAUAAAGAUCUUGUCCUAUCAGCACAAAGUAUUGUUGAACAAGAGAGAAUAAAAGAGCAAACUCAUAUUCACAAAACAGGCCUUCCUUGACAAAGUUUGAAAGAAAACAACUUUUUGAUUCCAUCUCAUGAAAUGUGGCAACCAUAAGCAGUGUAGCCAAAGUGCUCAGUUCGCGAUGUACAUUUCAAAACUGGAAUUAAAUGUCAAACUAAGGGCCUCGCAAUAAAUUCAUUUACACAGUGGUCAACACGCUAACGUCUAUCACGUUGGUCAGGUUUCGACACAGAUCAACCAAGAGCCAUAUUGUCAGGCAAUAUGACCAUCUUGCUUUGCCAAUGUUCAUAUGUACAAAUAUAUGAUGAAGAGGUAUUCUUUUAAAUUGUAUUGGUUAUCUAGUUGAUUCAUUUGUGUUACAAAUGAAGACUAUACAUAUCAGAAACCCAUUGACACUAAUUCUGCUAACUGGACAGUGACAGAACAUAAAUGCUGAAGUGAAACAAUUUACGGGCCUUAAAAUCAACCUUGGUUUUGAAAUACGGGAAUAUGGAAGUGCCUGAAGGAUAUACUUUCUGAUACUUGUCUUCAGUCCGUAUGAGCCCUUCCAUAUUGUGACGUUGAAACAUCAUAUUGUGAAAUUGAAAGUUGAACUGUGUGUCUAAAUAGAAUGGCUGUAAUGUUUUGAUGAGCGCCAAUUGAUUCCAUUUUACCCCGUCGCUUUUAUUUCUAUUUUCAUUAUUUGACAAAAUAAUGCUAUUUAAAAUGGCGUAGUUGUUAAGGCAUUGUUGCUCUGGGAACUGCUCGACUGUUGUUCAUUUGAAUUAAAUCCCAAUUCUAUUUUAGGUUAUUCAAACAUAUUUUCCUUCCUCAAAGUUUUGCAUAUCUGUUACCCAUCACACUACUUCAGAAAAACACCAGGGUCGUGUUGAUUAGGCAACAAACGGAUAAAAACAGACAAACAGAAAGGGAGUACUGUAACUGGCUUGGUUUGGUGCUUUCAUUCCAACCAAGUCCUGCCAUUUUGCCAGAGGCCGAAUGGUUCAGCAAUCAGUAUCGCCAUCAACACAUUGCAACAAAUAAUGAGAAGCGUUUGGAACUAUCACCAGUCAGAGGAGGUAAAGCAAACGUUUCUGUAUGUUGAUAUGAUUAGGAAAGUAAUGCUUCCACGGAGGGGGGAGCAUUGAGCCUUGUUCAGCCAACAAAUGCAAACCAUCUCAGUAUAGUGCAGUGGCCCCUCAAACUCCUGUCCUAGACAAGAUGCUACAAGCUGCAAGGUUAUCAACUUAGCCCAAACCUCAGUUCUGUACGUAAUGUGAAUGGGGCAGACAUUCACUUCUGAGGGCUGCUCCAGAUGGGGUGCUGUUCAUUUGGAUUAAAUCUCAUUUCAAAAUGAAAUCCAAAAUGAAUUCAUGACGUUGGUAAGGUAUCCAGUUAAACAUUUAGCCAUGCUGAAAGUAGUCGACCUUGCUGACCUGCUCACCUGAAUGUCAGGAUAAUAUCAGGAAUAUCAGUAUAAAUAUUAGAGGAAAUAUCAUUUUAUUUUUCAAGCUGUGUACAUUCCCAAUAAUCAAG